AUGAAUGUUGCAGCAUCCACAGAUGACUUUGAUUUAGAGAAUCCCCAUGCUCUGCCUCGGACAAGCCUAACUCGUGACGAAGAAGUGGCUAGAAGAACCGCUAGUACGCCUGGUGCCUAUUCUGUGGCAUGUGGCUUUGAACAGCCAACAACUGCCACCACGUACCGCAUGCUUUCAGGACAUUCAGGAGCUGAGAUUGAGACCCACUCCGAUCUUCCAUCCGAAGAAGUACUGCCGGAGCGCACUCUUGGGAACAGUGUCUUGGCUGCGGCAAACCCGGUGGAUGAAUCAUUUCCUCAAGAUCUUCCCCAAGCUCAAGAGUUUGAGAGCCAAAAAUCCACAAGAGAGCAACAGGACAAGAAAUUCAAGAUCACCCCUUUAUUGGGAGCCAUCACAUUGGUGGCAGUCGUGAUUGUAAUCGUGGUCAUCGUGGUUUUGAGAUGGAAGGAUGACCAGGUGGCUCCAAUGACUGCAGUUCCAACCAGUACUCCAUCGGCAGCUCCAACCAUGUCUCUGGAGGGAACCAUCAAGGUGUUGCUAGAAGAGGAGACCCUGCUGGCGUUGGAAGACCCAGAGUCACCUCAGUUUAUGGCAUUUGAAUGGUUGCUGGAAGAUCCCAAUCUUCCCUUCUACUCGGAUGGUCGAUCAAAGCAAAAGUUUGCUUUGGCAUCACUUUACUAUGCUACCAGUGGAGACACUUGGAUGGAUAAUACCAACUGGCUCAACCAUAGCAUACAUGAGUGUGAUUGGUACAAUGCACCUGACUUUGCUCAGAAGACGUUGAUGGAUUCUAUUUAUCAAGGAUACAUGUCUUGGUUUUCCCCAUCCACAGAGCCACCACCAACACACUGCAAUGAAGAUGGCAUGUAUCAAAAUCUUUGGUUGGAUAACAACAAUCUUGUGGGCUACCUUCCAGGAGAGCUCUACAUACUGACAAGCCUACAAACACUGUCUCUUGGGUAUAACCAGCUUGAAGGCAGUCUUGGCAGCCGUAUUGGGCAGCUUGCUGAUUUGGAGGGGCUGGCCAUUUUUGAUCAGCCACCAGGUGGCAUUCCUUCAGAGAUUGGUCUGUUAGCCAAGCUCAGAGGCCUGCUGCUUACCAACGGCAAUCAUCAAGGCCCUCUUCCAUCAGAGUUGUGGCAGCUGACCAAUAUCGAGCACUUGAUUCUAAUGGACCAUAUACAGAUGCAUGGAACCAUUUCGACAGAGGUGGGAAUGCUCUCAAAAUUGAAAUGGUUGGCCAUAGACAACAGUGACAUCUCUGGCACUAUUCCCACAGAGCUUGGACAGAUAGAGCCAUUGGAGUGGAUUUUUUUGGGGCGGGCCAGGCUAUCUGGAUCCAUCCCAAGUGAGCUAGGCUUUCAUCCCAACAAGCUGCAUUUACAUUUCGAUCGCAAUGACUUGGUGGGGACAAUUCCUAGUGAGAUUGGCUUGCUCAGUUCACUUUUUCGGCUUUCAUUUUGGGAAAACCACAUCACGGGCACAGUCCCAACUGAACUUGGUCUCCUCAAGAAUCUGGAUCUCUCAUUGGAUCUUGCCAAAAAUCUGCUAACAGGAGUCAUCCCAACAGAGCUUGGGAUGCUGACAGACCUACACGAUAUUUUGCUGGACCACAACCAACUCUCCGGCCAGAUCCCCAGUGAAUUUGGUGAACUUUCAAGUCUGCGAAUCAUAAGCUUGGCGAACAAUAGCUUGUCAGCCUCAGUCCCUGUGGAACUAUCAUCUCUACAACAGACACUGCACUCAUUAUUGUUGGAUGGAAAUCCAAUGUUGACUGGAACUUUCCCAGAGUCCCUUUGCCACGUAAAUGGAACCUGUGUCAUACCAACAGGUUUUGCCCAUUCAUGUGACGGACCAAUGGGGGUGUUCUUUGGGUGUACUGAUCUCCUGUGCGGCUGUGAUUGCUCCUGUGGUGGGGCCUGA